UGUGUGAUGUAAUACCCACGAGACCCGCAUAUAUACAGCAUGUGUUUAAUUAUUUAGUUAGUUCUCUUAGGUACGUGAAUAAAACCGAUUUCAUUUUAACCGCUGUGCACUACAGUAAGUAGACAGAUGUCUCGGUUAUUUUGCGACAAGGUGCUCGUCAACGGAUCCUUAAAAUUUUAGUAACAUUAGGAAGGCACUUCGCAUAAAAACUAAGGAAAUGACGGUAUAGGAAAAAAUGCUGCAAAACAAGAAAGCGUCGCGUUCAACUCAAGUACAUCUCGAUUUGGGAGGCGAAUACUGUACUUUGAGAGAAAUUUCUGAUCCGGCAACAGCACCUGGAACAACAGGAAAGCCAGCCAGUCAAAAAACUACACAAUCUGCACAGGCUAACCACAUAAGACAAGAUGACAAGGACGCCAACCUGAGUCCGAGACACAAAAUGUUACGCUCAAAGUCAACUCCCGCCCAAACAACACCUGUGAACAUCACACUCGACGCAGGUGUGUCAGCUAAACACGUGAAUGGCGUUCAGCCCAGUGCGAGCGGCCCUUUAGUGAUAGCCUCAGGGAGACGAAGCACAGGACAAGUCAAGGCGGCAGGUAGACGGAGUCUUGGGUCUCUCUCUACCCGAGAGCCGCCUGCCCCACUCUGCUACUUCGCAUAUUUAGGCAGGCUCACCCCAGCGCCGAAAGAUGCUCAGCGGGGACGGCUUCAUUCGGCGCAUGACAUGUUAGCGGAUCGGCCGGUGAUAAUAACGAGUACAUCGAUCGUGUCUCCUUAUGCCACCAAUGUUAUUUGCCAGGAGUUUGAAGCGAUCGAGGAGGAGGAGAGACGCGGAGAUUGCCACGAUCUCUUGGACUGUUGCACCUGUAUGUGCUGUGUGAAGGGAUUCUUUUACCACUGCACUAAAGAUACCAAAGAUGAAGGUAAAAUAGCCGAGGAUCCCUGCUCAUGCCAGGGGUCUGUGAACGAGUGCAUGGGUCGAUGGGGGGUCAUGGGAAUUAUGUCCAUAUUUAUGCCUUGCUUGUGGUGUUACCUCCCUUUUGAAGCAUAUUUCAAGUGCCAUGACUGUAUGAAAAGUAUGAACAGCUAAGAUAAAAGUGAGGACAGGGGGAUCCCAUAGAAAGCUCGUCUUCAGACUUCGAACCUGCAUCAAUGUCAAUGAAUUCCAGAAAUGAAGCUGUGAUAUAGAAAUUAUUUAUAAUCUCGUCGAAGCCCUGAAGAUUCCCUUUUAUCUGAGGGAUAAGGAUUCCAUCGCAUAUUAAUCGCCGAAAGUUAUUACUUGGUAUAUAAUGUCAAUUCAAACAUUUUAAUUGGUCACGAGGUUGAAAUUUGCUGGUCAAACUUUAGGGAGCUUAAAAGUAAUAAGCAACGUGUUUAAAGUAAGUUCCCCCUUUCAGGUGUUUCCCCGUCAACAGAAAAAUUAAAAUCCUCGUAGUCAGUAAGAUAGCGUAUCAAUUAGCAAGUGUCUAGUCAUACUGUCAAAAAAAAUUGUACAUGAUGAAAAAUCAUCACUAUUAGCCAGUUAAAACGGGGCAAUUCUUAGGCUGCUCUUUAUGUGUAGGGUCUCAAGACUAAUUCUCAUUAUGUCUGCUACACAUAUCGUCCAAAGAUAGUGAUAAGAAUUUGUCAUUCAAUUAAUCGAUAUUCUCCUUGUUGACAUUUUUAUUCUUAUCGGCUGUCUUCUUGACAGAUAUCGAUACUUUAAUGAGAUAUUGCUUUAGGGUCACUCUCAAGAGUGAAAGAGUUUAUCUUUGUGAAGACAGUAAUUAACCCACCAUCGCUGGAAGUAAAUAGACACGUUUAAAACUUACCGCAAACCAGCAAAAUGGGGUGAGAUACCUUAUGUAGCGAUAGAAAUUACAUAUUUGUACUGCUUUAACAUUAGGCUGUAACUGACACCCAAAUAACGCAGAUCAAAUGAACAAAUAGGAUUCCAUAUUCCUGUGGCCCUGUUCAGCGGCAAUAGAUCCCAGAUAACGUCAAAAUAGGGUAAGAAAAACAAAAAUACUGAUGCACGAGUAGGUCACUGUGAUCUUUCCUUGUACAGACCCACGGCAACAAAGAAUCUCUUUGCUAUGUAUGAUAAACAAAAACCAAACUACUGUUAAUGGUGACGUUGUCCAGCCCUCUGUAUUCCAAUAGAUCAUGGGUAGGAGCCAAUCAAAGCGUGUGCACAAUUAAGCUUAUCAAUAUUUCAAGAGAGAAAUACAAACUCGAUAAAAAAAUGAGUGUUUGAUGUAGAUGUUCUGCUUGGUUUCACUCGGAAAUCAGCUUUGUUCGAUGUGUAACAUAAUUUAUAAAUGUGUGCCUGUAAAUAAUGUAGAAAGUAGCAUACUGAAUUUGUAAUGAUAACAGAAGAGAGUGAGAAGUAUACAAAGUACCCUAGAACGGCUUUUAACUCAAUUGUGAGUUGAUAUCAACGUUAAAUAUUUAUGUAAACACUUAACAUAAUUUCUUAGCUUCAUUACGUAUCUUUUCAGAAUUGACAUGAUUCACAACUUAGUUGAAUGAUCAAAGCAAGGGAUUAAUAAAAUUCUAUUCUGACCGAUGA